UCAACAAAUGUAAACAGGAAUUUUCGGUACUUUUUUGUGUGACACCGGAAGUUCCGGAUCUUUUUCUGAGAGCACUUCCUGUUGUGAUUCCAGCGGUUACUUUCUGCGGCAGAGCGUCGAUCACCAACCGAAAAGGACCAAAACCACAACGUUUAAACGACAUGAGAGUGGACCGGAGCUGAUCAGAGUCAGGUUCGAGGUCUGAAAGAGUUGUGAACGAGGCCAUGGAAGAGCCAUGUUCAGGGAGUCCCUGUUCGUCCGAACCGGACAGUCCUGGAGGUCUGAACCGAGGCUGCCUCCUCGACCCGGCUGACGUCCUCUAUCAUGACCUGUCUGUCAUCGUCCCGGAGACCCCCAGCCCCAGACUCGGCAAACGGAGGAAACAUAGUCGCAUCGCAGAAGAACGUUUCAGUCCUGUCAGUGGUUCUCCUGGACCGCCGCAACUUUCUGCCGCCAGUGAACGAGGAUUUUCACAUAAAUCCAAACGCAGGCGGCUGGCUGCAGCGAUGGCAGAGCAGAGUGUCGGCUUUGUUCCAGCUUCAUCUCUGCGGUCUUUCCCUCUGGGCAGCUGGCUGGAGGCCCCUCUGUCCACUGCAUCCUGUUCAUCUUCAUCAUCUUCCUCCUCCUCCUCUUCCUCCUCCUCCUCCUACCUCACACCAGUAUCAGAGGAGGAAGUGGAAGAGGUGGCUUCUACUGUGGCGGGCACCACAGCAGAUCCUAGUCCUGCUUUUUACAGCGGGAGGAGGAAGAAGAGUCCGACAGCGACAGCAUCAGCAUCACCACCAUCAGCACCACCCACCUCGGACUCUCUGUCCUUCCUGACUGCAGAGGAGAGGCGGUGGCUGAAUGGAGAGCAAGGAAACACCUCAACAGUUAUUUGUUCUGCAGCGGCGCCGGAGCAGAUCGUCAUCAGUGACGAUGAGGAGGCUGCGGUUCGCCUGGUGCAGCUGGAGGAAGAUGAGGUGCUGGCUCGAAGCCUGCAGGCCCAGUUCGACCAAGAGGAGGCACACAGCAGACACCAGCACCAUCAUCAUCAUCAUCAUCAUCUUCUUCUUCAUCAGCAGCAGCAGCAGCAGCAGAGCCAUCAGAGGUAUUACUCGUUCAUGGAGAACAGCUGGAUGCCUCAGCUGCUGGCUGCCGUCUCUCCUCUGGUCGGAUUAGAAGACGAAAUGACUGGUCAGCACAGAAGACGUGGGCGGGGCCGGAGACGGAACGACCUGCCGGAGUUUUCAGGAGACGUUCAAGGAAACGACUACGAGGCUCUGCUGGCGUUCGAGGAGCGUCAGGGUGCCGUUGUGACCAAGAAGUUGAGUCGGAGGGAGAUCCAGAGGUUUCCCACCAAAACAUUCCAGUCUGCCAGCAGCGCUGGAAACACUCAGUGUCAGAUCUGUUUCUGUGACUACACCGACGGAGAGAAGCUGAGGAUGCUGCCCUGUUUCCAUGACUACCACGUCCAGUGUAUCGACCGAUGGUUGAAGGAUAACACCACCUGUCCCAUCUGCAGAGCCAACCUGGCUGACGGAGGCUCCCUGGCACCCCCCCACCUCUGACCUCCGGGACACAGCGUGACACUGUAGCUGGAUGAAAGACGACUCAUCACCUCACAGCUCGUCGUUUUUAUACUUUUAUUUAACUUUUCUUUCCGUACUCUACGAACUCUUCAGGAAUCAAACCUUGGAGCUGCUGCAGGUUUACUUUGGUUCUGAGAGGACGACGUUCCAGUCUGUUGUUUAAUGAGCCCGAAAUAAACUGUAAGAUUUUUUCUUUU